AUGUUUAGCCCUUCACAUCUCAAAACCUUGCACCCUCUUCAAGUCUUCUCGGUAAAACCAUCGUCCCCAUCUUCAACCAUAAGCUCCAUGAAGCUGAAAAGAAUCGUCCACACCCUCAUAGUCUCCCACUUGUGCCGAAUCAUUCGCGCACUCUCCAAAGUCAAAGCUGUCGUGGUUGAGAUUCUUAAGGACAAUUCAAGCAUCCACUUCCCUCACAAAAAGAAUUUCAACAACAGACGCAAGAAGAUCAUCUUAGGGUCCUUCAGGCUUCACUACAACUGGUGCUCCUCCAAAUCCUCGCACGUGUUACCGGUUCCAGAACCGGUUUUCGAAGGUUUGUCUGCAGCCACUUUUUCUGGGGAGCCACAAGAUGAAGAUUGCCCCUACCUUCGGUGGCUUGAGGAGAAGAAGGUUGAAGUUGAAGGUGGUGAGAAGAAGGGUGCAAGUAGUGCAAGUGCACAUGCAGGUGCAAAUAAUGAGCAUGAUAUGAAUGAGAUUGAUGUGCUGGCAGAAAUGUUCAUUGCCAAUUGCCACGAGAAGUUCAGGUUGGAGAAGCAAGAGUCCGAUAGGAGGUUCCAAGAAAUGCUGGCUAGAAGCAUGUAA